AUGUUUUUUCUGUAUAUUUAUGACAUAUUUAUCCCUUUUCAGAUUGAUCUUCAUCGUAACGGUGGGUUCAUCUGUGGUGGUACUUUAAUCAAGAGGGACUGGGUAGUAACAGCAGCUCACUGUGUAACAAACAAUAACCCGUCGGCGUACUUUGUUCGUCUCGGUGAUCACAACCGUCGCGUACAAGAAGGAACAGAACAAGACAUUAAAGUCAUUAGAAUCAUAGCUCAUCCGAACUACAACAAUCCCCGACUAAGUAACGAUAUUGCCUUGCUACAACUGGAAAAACAGGCUACACUGAACAGUCGUGUAGGCCUUGCAUGAUUGCCUGAUCACGACUACGAUUUGCCUGCAGGAUCCAACUGCUACAUCACUGGUUGGGGUAAGAUAAGACACCCUGGAAGCUCUCAUCACAUCCUCCAACAAGCACACAUGCCUUCAAUCAGCCACGCUCAAUGCAAGAGAAAGAAUGGCAAUAUUGGUAUAACUAUCACUGAUGUCAUGCUUUGUGGUGGCAAGGCUAAUACUCAGAUUAGCGGUUGUCAUGGUGACAGCGGUGGACCUUAUGUAUGUAAGAACUUCGCUGGCCGAUGGGUACUGCAGGGAGAUGUGAGCUGGGGUAAUCCUCAAUGUGAUUCCUCACAGAAGUACACAGUAUUCGGAAGAGUUGCAAAGUUUAGAAACUGGAUCGACAUGCACACACUAGGAGGCACUCAACCACCAACACAGCCGCCUACCCCACCAUCAGUCCAAGACAUGAACAACGAUUUCAACACUUUGGGGRCCUGGAGACAAUCAACAAGUGACCAGUUUGAUUGGACACUUCAGUCUGGAUGUACGCCAUCAACAGCAACAGGACCAUGCRCUGACCAUACUGGAUCAGGAAAGUAUGCAUACAUCGAGACUUCCAGUCCUCGUGUAUCAGGAGACAUGGCAAGACUUACUUUCAAUGGAAAUUAUGWUGGAGACUUGUGUAUGACAUUCUACUAUCACAUGUAUGGUAGCUCGAUUGGAUGGCUUAAAGUUCACAACGACGGUUUUGAGUUGCUAAGUAAAACAGGUGACCAUGGAAACCAAUGGAUCAAGGAACAAGUAGACCUGAUCAGUAACAGAAAUGUGGUAAUAUUAGGUGUAAGAGGAUCAUCUUAUCAGGGAGACAUUGCUAUUGACGAUAUAUCUGUUACCAAAGGACGAUGUGCCAGCACAGCUCCACCAACACCAAGAGAAUGUGGAAAGCGUCCAGUAACGUCCCGUAUCGUGGGAGGCACUCAAGCACAAGUCAACAGUUGGCCCUGGCAAGCUAUGCUUACAACUUCUUCAGGUCGUCAGUUCUGUGGAGGAUCCUUGGUUCAUCCUCGGUUUGUUAUCACUGCUUCACAUUGUGUCGUGGGAAAAUCAGCAUCUCAGAUUAAGAUCAGAAUGGGCGCUCAUUACCGUGUAAGUGGAUCUGUAGGAACAGAGCAAGACAUUGCUGUCGCUCAAAUCAUCACCCAUCCAAACUACCACAGCCCACUUCGAUACAGUAAUGACAUCGCAGUCAUYAAGCUGGCUAGACCUGCUGUCUUGGGCAAAGGCGUGUCUACUGUUUGUYUGCCGCGUGAUGACCUGCCUCUWCCUCUUGACGAUCCUGGCAAGAAAUGUUACAUCACUGGAUGGGGUACCCUGGCAUCAGGAGGMUCACAACCAAACCAUUUGAUGCAAGCUUCUGUUCCUCUAGUGUCYAAAGCUCGUUGCCUGACUGGUUAUCCUGGUAAAAUCCACGAUUCCAUGUUAUGCGCAGGUCUUGAUCAAGGUGGUGUUGAUGCAUGCCAAGGUGACUCUGGAGGACCGCUGGUUUGUGAGUACAACGGGCGCUGGCAUCUCGAGGGAGCCACCAGCUGGGGCUAUGGAUGUGCUGCGCCCAUGAAAUAUGGAGUGUAUGCCCUUGUUCGUUAUAACAGAGCCACCUCCUGGUCAGUGUGGAGUGUCUUCAGUCACUAGAGUGAUUGCUGGAGUCGAUGCUCAGCCAGGUUCAUGGCCAUGGCAGAUUGGUCUUCAUCGUAACGGUGGAUUCAUCUGUGGUGGUACUUUAAUCAAGAGGGACUGGGUGGUAACAGCAGCUCACUGUGUAACGAACAAUAACCCGUCGGCGUACUUUGUUCGUCUCGGUGAUCACAACCGUCGCGUACAAGAAGGAACAGAACAAGACAUUAAAGUCAUUAGAAUCAUAUCUCAUCCGAACUACAACAAUCCCCGACUAAGUAAUGAUAUUGCCUUGCUACAACUGGAAAAACAGGCUACACUGAACAGUCGUGUAGGACUUGCAUGCUUGCCUGCUCACAACUACGAUCUACCUGCAGGAUCCAACUGCUACAUCACUGGUUGGGGUAAGAUAAGACACCCUGGAAGCUCUCAUCACAUCCUCCAACAAGCACACAUGCCUUCAAUCAGCCACGCCGAAUGCAAGAGAAAGAAUGGCAAUAUUGGUAUAACUAUCACUGAUGUCAUGCUUUGUGGUGGCAAGGCUAAUACUCAGAUYAGCGGUUGUCAUGGUGACAGCGGUGGACCUUAU